AUAUAGUAUAGAUUAGAUUAUGAUCUCUACAACCAAAUUUAAAAUUUGACGUUGGUUAAAAUGUUCAACUUCCCACUUUAUUUUUGAACACUAGGUAUUCUUCUUCUUUAUGAGAGGAUUGAAGACAAUGCUUACCAAAACAGAUCAAUGAAUUUGGUAACAAAUUACAUUUUAUUAUCUAAUAAGGACUCAAAUACAACUGAUAUAGCCUAAAACCUUUUAACUUGUCUGCAUCAAAAGUCUCGGCGAUGGCAAUUUGGUGCCGGAAUAUAAGCAGCUUAAGGAGGUCUGUAGUAAAAAGGCAGCUAAGCCAUCUCAUUACACCAAAUGUUUCUGGUCAACUAAUACGUUGUCGUUCGACCAAGAUUUCCGAUGCUCCUCCAGACAUACGUCGAGUGAACAAGAACAUCACGAAUUUAAUUCGAAAUGGUCGAGUAGAGGAUGCCAGAAGAUUAUUCGGUAUGUUAACGCAUCGAAAUACGGUUACGUGGAACUCAAUGAUUAGUGGGUACGUGCAACAGCGUGAGAUUGUAAAAGCAAGAUACCUGUUCGAUAAAAUGCCGCAGAGAGAUGUUGUCUCCUGGAAUUUAAUGAUUUCUGGUUAUCUGUCCUGCCGACAUUUGGAGGAAGGUAGAAAAUUGUUCGAUGAAAUGCCUGGCAGAGACUUCGUUUCCUGGAACACGAUGAUUAGUGGGUAUGCUAAAGCUGGAAAAAUGAAUGAAGCACUGAAGCUUUUUAACUGUAUGCCUGAUAACAAUGUUGUGUCCUGGAAUGCGGUUAUUUCUGGACUUUUGCGUAACGGGGAUGUGAAAACUGCUGUUGAAUAUUUCAAGAGAAUGCCGGAGAGGGAUUCAGCUUCUCUUGGUGCACUUGUAUCGGGUUUGAUCCAGAAUGAGGAAUUGGAUGAGGCUGAAAAUGUUCUUUAUGAAUUUGGAGAAAGCAAUGAUGGGAAAGAAGAUUUGAUUCAUGCUUAUAACACUUUGAUUGCUGGAUAUGGUCAGAAAGGAAGGGUUGGUGAUGCUAGACGCCUUUUUGAUAAAGUUCCUUCUUAUAGUAGUGGUCAAGGAAUUAGCAGAAAGAAGAGAUUUGAGAGAAAUGUGGUAUCAUGGAAUUCCAUGAUCAUGGCUUAUAUCAAAGCAGGAGAUAUGGUUUCUGCAAGAGAGCUUUUUGACCAGAUGACCGAGAGGGAUACAUUUUCAUGGAACACAAUGGUUAGUGGCUAUGUUCAUGCCUCAAAUAUGGAUGAAGCAUCAAACCUGUUCUCUAAAAUGCGGAAUCCUGAUGUACUAUCAUGGAAUUCAAUAGUCUCUGGAUAUGCACAGACGGGGAAGUUGGAAUUGGCCCGUGAUUAUUUUGAAAGGAUGCCCCAGAAGAAUCGGGUUUCUUGGAAUUCCAUGAUCUCUGGGUAUGAAAGAAAUGCAGACUACAAAGGAGCAAUAAAGCUUUUCAUGGAGAUGCAACAGGCAGGAGAGAAAUCAGACAGACACACACUCUCCUCACUUCUAAGUGUUUGUGCUGAAACUGUGGCUUUGUUUCUGGGUAUGCAGAUUCAUCAGUUAGUGUCAAAGACUGUUAUACCAGAUAUACCUUUAAACAAUUCCCUAAUAACUAUGUACGCAAGAUGUGGUGCAAUACAUGAAGCAAGGAAAAUUUUUGAUAAUAUGAUAUUUCAAAAAGACGUAAUCUCAUGGAAUGCAAUGGUUGGAGGAUAUGCAUCUCAUGGUUUUGCAUUUGAAGCCCUAGAGCUUUUUGAAUUAAUGAAGCGCCUUAAAGUGAGGCCAACUCGCAUCACGUUCAUUUCAGUUCUGAAUGCGUGUGCUCAUGCUGGUUUAGUGGAACAAGGUCGGUUAUAUUUUAAAUCAAUGGACUAUGAAUUUGGCAUCAAACCUGAGGUUGAGCAUUUUGCCUCCCUUGUAGAUAUUGUUAGCCGCGACGGACAACUUGAGGAGGCCAUGAAAGUGAUUAACACUAUGCCAAUGGAACCAGAUAAGGCUGUCUGGGGUGCAGUAUUAGGUGCUUGUAGGGUGCACAACAAUGUUGAAUUUGCGCGAAUAGCAGCUGAAGCGCUAAUGCGCCUGGAACCGGAGAGUUCAGGCCCUUAUUGUUUGCUAUAUAACAUGUAUGCCGAUGCUGGAAGGUGGGAUGAUGCAAAUGAAAUCAGAGUGUUGAUGGAAACGAAUAAUAUAAGGAAGGAACCCGCUUAUAGCAGGAUGGGCUCAACUUCCUCAUAGUGAUUUCUCAAAUUAUAAAUUUUGGUUACACGAAGAAUUUGGACCGAGCUGUCUAUUUUGGAUUUUAAAUCAUUUGAAGGAAAAUGUCAUGUGCAGUAUCCUGCUGAGAAUUUGCAGCAUUCCUUGCUAUGAGCCUGUGACUAAUAAGAAGACAAAGCUAUUAAACCCCUAUUGAUUUUUGGAGCAUUUAUGUCUGCAGUUUAAGUGUUGGCAUUCAAAGAAUUGAGCAUAGUGAAUAGAGUGGGGCAGAAGCUUAUUUCACGAAGAAACACCACGAACACAGGCAUGGGCUCAACUGAUAAGAUCGGAUGAUUGCCAAGUUCGCUUGUGCCUUAUUCUUCUUAUUCUGUUUGAUAAACGUGGUGUCCGGACCAGCUUACAUGCACCUCGACUAGUUCCACGAGAUACCUGCUAUCUCCCACCAGCAACAGGUACCAGGUAACUCUAUCCUGAGAGUGGGCAGAAACUUGUUUCAUGAAGAAACACCACGAACACAGGCAUGGGCUCUACUGAUAACAUCGCAUGAUCGCAAGGUUCGCUUGUCCCUUAUUCUUCUCACUUUUUUUUGAUAAUCGUAGUGUCCGGGCCAACUUACAUGCACCUCGACUAAUUCCACGAGAUACGUGCUACCUCCCAUCGGCAACAAGUACCAGGUAACUUUAUCCAUCACGGCUUGUAGAAAUGGGCAGAAAUAACCUAGUGUUCUUUCUUAUCUUCAGUAAUUAGUUCUGUCUUCUUCUUCUUCUUCUUCUUCUUCUCUCUCUCUCUCUCUCUCUCUCUCUCUCUCUCUCUCUCUGAUAAACUAGUCAAUCGUCUUGUCUUUGCAUCUGGCCUUAACUUCUAUAGCCUUUUGAUUUUUUCAUCUGUAACUUCUAAUUUUGUACCAUAUUUCUUCCUUGCCGUUGGUGGAAAGGUUAGUCUAUUGUAACUGCUUAGAAAGUUAUGUGAGAGGCAUACUGUUUAUGAAGUCCUAAUGUUUUCAGCUCUUAUUCCGCAGCGAAGUUCUUAUAGCACUUCAAUAUAUUGUGACUGAGUUAUGUUAUGAGGCGCCUAACGUUAUGCGAUAGGCAUACUAUUUACGUACUCCUAAUAUUUAGCUCUUAUUCUUGAGACGGAGAGAUUCUUGGAGCUCUUCAAUAUAUUGUGACAGAGUUAUCUUAAGAGCAGGCGCCUCAUAGACUUCUGCCAUCUUCAUUGCAAUCACUUUUAGAGUUUCUUGGAGACGGCAAUGACCGUAAAAUCUGGCUUACCAUGUUUGUUCAAGUGGUUGGUGGUUCAAAGCAUCAAUCAGAUUUCUACUGAGGCGAAUUAAAAGUAACUUGGCUAAUCUAUUUGCACCUAUAACAGGGAAGAUUCAACCCACCAUGAAGGAAGAGAAACUUGGUUUGCAAUAAUAGACAUUGUCAAAGAGGACGGAUAAGAGAAUACUCCUUUUUUGAAUGGUUAAUUCAUUGAUUCAUGAGUCGGAUGAAUUCUAUUUUACCAAAGACUGGGGCAGCAGCUUGGGUAAUCCAACAUUAGAAGUAACAACCUGGUUUCUUCUGUGUUAACUGGACUGAUGAUAAUUGUGCUUCUGGAAUUGAAUUUUUAGAGCUAAAUAUGAAGUCGCCAAUGUCAAAGCUGUUAUUUUUUGGACGGACAGAUUUUCUGUUAGUGAUGCUACUCUCUUGGACAAAAGACAGUCUUGUCACUGGAUCUCAAGCAGCGCUCACCUCGUCCUCAUAUUUAUGUUGUCAGGCUGGAAAUCUUUAAGCUUUGUGUGGAAAAGAAAUAGCCCAGUUUGCAAAUUAUGUAUUGAGAUAAUAAAUAAUUCUUGAUGCUAGAAAUUGGGGAUAUAGAUUCUUUUAAGGGACUGAGAAUGUUGAUAAUCCUACUUUUGAGUAUUUUGAUGUGGAUAAGAAGAUCAAGAACUACACUUUUGUGUGAUGUCUCAAUCUUGUGUAAUUGGAUUCUUACAACUAAAAGAAAAAUGUAAACCUUUUCUUACAGAAAGAAUAAGAAAAAGUCAAGCCUAUUAGGACAGGAGUAGUACCUCUAUGACUUACAUUUCUAUUGAACUGCUUUUUUAUUGUACUUGUACCUUGAGUUCUGUUUUCUUUAAUUUUUCCUAGAAGUCAAAGAAAUCCCAAUCCUUCUUCCCUUUUGAUUAGCUUUUCAUGAACUGGACUGAGAAUAAAAGAAAUAAAGAACAUUUAAAUAAAAGAAUCCAAGAGGCUUAUUUUUGCUAUAACAGGCAAUCUGCAACUCUCUGUCAGAGAAUUUAGAAAUCCUAAUCUUUGUAUAAAGUCUAACUGGAGCAUUUCCUUUGUUUGCAGCUUGUUUUUUUUUUUUUUUUUUUUUUCUGAUCUUUACUUCUUCCUCCACAAGUUUUGGCUUUUAAUUCUUACUGGAGAUUGACCAUGUCAUUUCUCUUAUUCAUGUUAGGCACACUGCUCUCUGGCAUCAAGCAUUUCCACCUGAACAAUCAGAAAAUAGAUCAAAGCUUAUUAGGAUGGAGGACGUUAACAUCAAUGAGAAUGCUCCAACUUCUAGACAAUGUAUUCAAAUAACUGAAGAGAAACCUGUGGGCUUUGAGGAUGAUGCUGAGAAGCAAUUCAUCUACUAACUAGAGGAACAGUGAAUUUGGAUAUUAUCUCUAUUGUUGGCAUGCCUGGUCUAGGGAAGACAACUUUGGCCGAAAAGAUAUUCAAAGGUUCUUCUAUUGUUUCUUGCUUUGAUAUUCGAGCAUGGUAAACAUAUAAUCUGAGAGAGCUAUUGAUUGACAUCUCUGGGCAAGUCACAGGUGUUAAGCACCAUGUGCAUCCCAGUGAUGAUAUAGCUGAUAUGUUGGUGCAAAUGUUUGAUAGGCAAAAGAUAUCUCAUUGUCUUAGAUGAUAUAUGGAAGUCGAGGUACGGGAUGAGUUGAGAUUGUGUUUUCCAAUUGGUGGAAAUGGACACGGAAUUAUGUUAACAAGUUCAUGUGACAUAAUUAUCCGGGCGUUGACUACAAGUUGCAUAAUAUUGUUAUGGAUUGCCUCUUACAGUUGUCUUGAUUGGCGCAAUCAUUGCAAAGAAAGAAAGGAACAUCUCAGAGUGGUGUGAAGUUGCAAAUCAUUUGAAGUCACUGUUUUCUAAGUAGUAGUAUCUCUUAUCUCAAGUGAAUUUGGUUCUAAAAGAGAACUUCCAUAAAGAAAUUUUUCCAGCUUAAUUUUUCUCGUUACUGUCAUACUCAAACAUUUCAUAGCUAACUUUUGUAGGGAGGAGAAAAGCUAAUACUGAUAAAACAUCUCAAAUGUCAAUCACUAUGAGUGUGUUUGGUCUGA